AUGUCGACUGCUGCACAGAGCAGCUACGCAGCCUCUACUGCAGACAAUGCCAACAACGUUGCAGCAGUCUUCCUCCCCCGCCCUCGAUCUCGACUGCGCACCAUCGCGAAGCAGUACGACGAAGCUGCGCAGCAAACCGUCACACAUACCGACGAGCCAUACAAGAUCGUUUGGGGGAGCCGAACUUUCGUCAUUAGCGGUGUUCUAAACAAGAAGAAGAGCCGUGGCCGUCGUUCCUGGAUUACUCGUGAGGGUUGGUCCCACAACAUCGCCGAGGACAGCCCCAGCCGGCCAGACAACGAGAUGACCGUCCUUGACAUCCAGCGAGAGGCUAGCAACCGAUCGACCCCUUCCAGCAUUCCACAAGCGAAGAUCAGUCGGGCCCGGGAGCUUCUAGUAGGCUAUAUUGUCGACGGCGACUUGCCCUUUACUGCUCUUGAGAGCGUCUACAUCAAGGAGCUCUUAAAGCAGCUAGACCCUGGAUUCGCCCAAGAGCUCCCUCACAGUAGAUCGACAAUUGGAAGGGAUAUCAAGGAGGUUUUUGAGUCGAAGAUGAUGGCGGUCAAGGCUGACCUGACGAAAGCCCUCCAAAGAAAAAUGCCCCAGAGCAGGUUGCUAGCCUUCCGUCGGCAGCUAGGGAAGCAUUCUGGGAAUUACAUCGCGCUCACGAUCCAGGAUAUUCUCAAAGGCUUGGGGGAAUUGGGGAAGCAGACCUCUGACGACUAUCUGUUGUCAGAGGAGCCGACCUGGGACCUUGGCCUCAAGCAGGACAACAGCACGCGCUGGAACUCAACUUACCUGAUGAUCGAGAGGGCUGUCAGGAAGAGGAAUGAUAUCAACAGCUUUAUCUUGGAGCUUGAUCUUGAAUCUGAUGGUGACAAGCGGAUCCCUGAUGCUGACAAACUAACCACCGACGACUGGAAGGCCCUGAUCGAGAUCAAGACGAUCUUAGAACCACUCUACAAACUGACGAUAAAGACCCAGGGAUGGGGGCAGUCUGGAACAAGUGGUCGACUUUCAGAUGUUCUAAUGGGGAUGGAAUAUGUAUUGGGACAUCUUGAAGGUUACAAGACUCUAUACGACAAGGAUUCCGGUCUUGAAGCUGCUCGAGCAGCUGAAGCUUCGGCGGAUCUAGCGCGUAAUCAACCAACCAGUCUAUCGCAGCUUCGAUCGACGCGGCGGCUGCGCUUCAACGAAGGGGCCCUGCCUUCUCAUGCCCGCGACGAGUACGUCACGAUGCCCGACAGCGACGGUCUGCUUAGACUCCAAGCUAGAGAGCGGGCCAGCAUUCGGGCCAGCAUCAACAAUGCCUGGAAGAAACUUGACGAGUACUACACGAAGCUUGCGGAUUCCCCUUUGUUCACUGCAGCUAUCAUUCUGAAUCCAAAUCUCGGCCUUCGGUGGCUGCGGCGUCGGUGGAGGGAUCCCGAACAACAUGAGUGGCUCGUUGCUGCGAAAGAUGGUCUCAAGGAAUACUUUGACCGCUGGUAUUGCAGCUCUGAUGAUCCCCAGCCUCAGGGUCGAUCUGUCUGUCGAGAUUUAGGCCGGGAGGACGAUGCUUACGAGGCCUUCGUCAACAGCGGAGUCAGUUCCGAUGAAGAUGGUAACGAGGACGAGAUUGACCGGUACUACAACAUGAAGGUCGGGGGCAACGUCGAUCCGGUUGAAUGGUGGAUCAGUAAUAAGGCUCAGUUCCCAAAGCUGUCUCAGAUGGCCCUUGACAUUCUCGCUAUUCCAGCCAUGGCAGCUGACUGCGAGAGGUCCUUCAGCAUUGCUAGGCUUACUCUGAGCUCCCAGAGGCAUGCAAUGAAGUGGGAGACUAUCGAGAUGCUUCAGAUGCUGAAGAACUGGCUUAGGAACGGCGAUAUCGUCAUCGGAGGAGUCAUGAAGGGCAGCAGGCCGGAUUGGGGAUCGAUUAAGGGGCAGCAGGGUUACGAAUAG